AUGCAGCUGAGUGAAUCACAGGUGAAGGAAUAUUAUGCACUGAAGGGUGAAGCAACAAAACGUUGCGGUGUAUUGGAUAUGGAGUUGAACAAAUUACUACAGGAACAGGAAACCGACAAAAAUAAUGCACAAUUUGAGCAAAGACAUUUAAAUGAUGGAGAAGAAAAAAAGAAAAAUCGUAUUUUUCCGGGCCGCGUCUACGGUCGUCUCGUUGACCUCUGCCAGCCAUCGCAUAAACGCUUCCUCAUUGCCAUUACUAAGAUAUUGGCGAAACAUAUGAUGUCGAUUGUUUGCGAUACCUCUGAUACAGCUGCUGAAUGCAUCACGUAUUUGAAGGAGCAACGUUUUGCCCGAGAAACAUUUCUUCCGCUGGCAUCACUACUUGUUCGUCCAAUCAAUGAAAAACUCAGGUAA